AUGACAAUCGACACCGACCCAACCCUGCACCUCCCACGAAUCCUCUGCCUCCACGGCGGCGGCACCAACGCCCGCAUCUUCCGCAUGCAAUGCCGCAUCCUCGAACGCACCCUCCGCCCACACUUCCGGCUCGUCUACGCCGAAGCAACUCUCCCAGCCCGCCCAGGCCCCGACGUAACAUCCGUCUACAAAGGCUACGGCCCAUUUAAAGCCUGGUUGCGUAUACACCCCGAAGACCCCAUCCAAAAUGCCUACGACAUCAUCGACAAAAUCGAGACCUCCCUAACCGUCGCACAAAAGGACGACGACUAUCGCGGCGCGACAGGGGAAUGGGUCGGGCUCCUUGGCUUCAGCCAGGGGGCUCAUCUGGCCGCUAGUAUCCUCGCUACGCAGCAGGAGCUGCGGCGGCGGGGUGGAGACCAUUCGGUGUGGCCGCGAUACCGGUUCGCUGUGCUCUUGGCGGGGAGGGGGCCGCUGAGAUGGCUUUGUCCUGAUUUGCCUAUGCCGACAGGGUUUGUGGAUGCCGCGCAGUGUACGACUGGGUGUGAGCAGCCGGUUGUUAGGGGUGAGUUGCUGUUACGGGUGCCGACUGUUCAUGUCCAUGGGUUGGCGGAUCCGGGGCUGGAGUUGCAUCGUGCACUACUUUAUCGUUAUUGUGAUCAUCGGGCGGUGGCGCUUGUUGAGUGGGGUGGGGAGCACCGUGUACCUAUUAAGGGGAAAGAUAUUGCUCCUAUUGUGCAGCAGAUAUUGACUGUUGCGUGGCGGGCGGGCGUGUUGGGUGAAUCUACUGAGGUUUUGGCGAAGGGGUAUGGUAUUGAAGGCUGGAUUGAGAGGUUUCAGAUAGAUUUAUUAUAG